AUCGCAACAUGGCGCAAGGAGAAUGGCAGAGCUUGAUCACAACGCAUGAAGAUGCGCCAUGUGAUGGGACGGACCGCGUCAACGAGUACUUCAUGAAGGAGAGUUUGGGGAAAGGAGCGUUUGCGAAGGUGAAACGAUGUGAACGCCGCGUGGAGAAUGCGCAGCCACGACCAUUUGCCGCCAAGAUUAUGUCGAAAUCAGCGCUGCAACGGAUGAAAGAAUACGUGCGGGUGGGUGAAUCGAUGCGUGCCGUGACGGCACUCGACAAAGUGGAGGCCGAGAUCGAGGUCAUGCGGACAUUGUACCAUCGGAACAUCGUGUUGCUCUUCGAAGUGAUCAACGACCCAGGGAGCGACAAAAUCUACCUCAUCUUGGAGUACAUGUCUACUGGUCCGUGCAUGGUGUACAAUUCCGUGUCCAAGGCAUUCCACAGUCCCAUCACGCGUGGACCAUUGACCGAAGAAUGGGCGAAACAGCACAUGCGAGACAUUGUCCAAGGGGUCAAGUACCUCCAUGCACGUGGCGUGUGUCACCGGGACAUCAAGCCCGACAAUAUUCUCUUGAACGCGGACAACCGAUGCCACAUCUCCGACUUUGGAUGCGCGCAAUCGUUCCUCCCCACGGACAAAAUCACAAACACGCUGGGAACAUAUCAAUUCUACGCCCCCGAGUGCUGUUCAGGGGACCCGUUCGAUCCCUUCGCGGCAGACGCAUGGGCCAUUGGAGUCACGUUGUACGUGUUCCUGUUCGGCGUGUUGCCGUUCGACGCCGCAACACCCAAGGACCUGUUCGACGCGCUCCUGCAGGAUCCCGUGCCCAUUCCAUCCACUGCGUUCUCUCCCCUCUGCAUGAACUUCCUCGAGUUCUCCCUGCAUAAAGACCCGUCUCAGCGCAUGACCGUUCUAAGCAUGGAACUGCAUCCGUGGCUUGCAGUUCCCGACGAGGACGAGCCGCUGUCGUUUUGAAAAUCGGGAAAACAAGAAAUUAUACAAUCAAAUAGCCUGUUUCAAUUGAUAAUUCCACCUCAUGCAUG